CGGACUGCUGCUUUUCACUCGAACUCAGGCGCAAGUUGUCGGACCAAGUUUCACCGUACAGGUCGUGGACUAUCUGGAGCAGGGAUGGAGCUGUGGACGGGCCGCGUGCACUGUGUGCUGCUCAGCCUGUUGGCAGGUUUUGCCGCAGGUCUAGAGAUUACAUCCACGGGGUCGACAUCCAUAGAGAAGGCCAGUGGUCAGACUGUGAAGCUGGACUGCCAGUUCAGCCUCGCCCCUGAAGAUUCUGGACCGCUGGAUAUUGAAUGGAGCUUGUUGGCCUCUGACAACCAGAAAGAAGAUAAAGUGGUGAUCAUGUUCUCAGGCGACAGGCCGUAUGAAGACUACUACGCCCCAAUGAAGGGACGAGUCCACUUCAACUCACUAGACCCCAAGAGCGGCGACGCCUCUAUCAACCUGAUGGGGCUGAAGUCAUCGGACUCGGGCACCUACCAGUGUAAAGUGAAGAAGGCUCCCGGUAUCCGCAGCAGGAAAAUGCUGCUGAUUGUCAUGGUGAAGCCGUCCAAGCCCAGGUGCUACGCCGAAGGCCCCACGCAGGAAGGCAAAGACAUUGUGCUGAGGUGCAAAUCUAACGAGGGCACCAACCCCCUGCAGUACAGCUGGGAGAAGACCAGCGACAACAAGCUGCUGCCCAGCAGCGCCGUGAUGGAUCCACUGGCAGGCACCAUUAACGUGAGGAACGCAUCUGCCAGCGCAUCUGGCACCUACCGCUGCACCGCCACCAACCGUGUUGGCACUGAGGAAUGUAUACUACAGCUCAGCGUGACGCCUCCCCCAAACACUGCAGGCAUCAUCGCAGGAGCCAUAAUCGCUGUUCUCCUGUUCCUCAUCAUCAUCGCCAUCAUCCUCUUCUGCUGCUGCCGCGCCCGUCACAGGAAGAAGUACGAGAAGGAGAUCUGCAACGAAAUCAGAGAGGACGUGCCGCCUCCUAAGAGUCGCGUCUCGACGGCGCGCAGCUUCACCGUGGGCAGCCAGCGCUCGUCCCUGGGCUCCAUGUCGCCCUCUAACCUGCAUGAGUACGCCCUGAAGCCGCAGUACGACAAGAUCCCCUCAUCAGAGGAGUACGAUAGGCCUCCGAGCCACGCCCCUCUGCCCCCGCCCAACGCUCCUAGGGUGGCAGGCCCCAACAUCAGCCGCAUGGGGGGCGUCCCAGUCAUGAUCCCUGCCCAAAACAGGGACGGCUCUAUCGUCUAGCCCGUCCCCUUCUGGAGAAGGGACAAGGAGGAGGAGGGAACGGAGGACACAAGCCAAUGAAGGUGGAGCAAGAGCUGGGUGGUGCCGACUCGCCCGACUUUUAGCUCUUGGUUAAGUACAAACGGGAUUUUUGUCCUCUGAUGAAGACCUGGCUCUGCUGUGGUGCUGAGAAGAGAUAUUGUACUGGAAUCACAACAGAGCACAUUGACUUUUUAUCAAAUACGAAAAAACAAAAAAAAAAAAAAAUUUUACUUCCUGGACUUUCUCACUGAAAAUUGGUGUGGAUAUAACGUGGAAUGGUCAAUAUACAAAUUAUAUUGUACAUAAGUGAAUGCAUGUUUUUUAAACAUAGAUGGCCCUCGCUGUAGAGAUACAAAACAAAUCCAGGCCAGUACACUGUAAAAU